GUGUUUUUUUUUGUUUGUGGAAGAAGUGUAAAAAGAAGUGCAUUCAGUGCAAGUGAAAACAUAUAAAUCAAAUUUAAUGCCACAUUAAUAUAAUUAAAAUCGAAAGAAAACAAAUUGUUUUAAAAAAGCUGUGAUAAGGAAAGUGAUAUUUAAAAAAAUUUAUACGGGGCGUUCAGCAAAAUCAAAUAUAUGACGUAAAGAUAAUUAACGACGCAAAUUAUUAAAAAACAAAGGGCUACUUUAUUAAACAAAUGAGAUUUGUAUAUAGUUAGACAAAAAGUGUUGAGUGGACGUUGUAUUCUUUUGAAUUGGUAUUAGGAGAUAAUGCUUAAUUAUGAUACAAUCAGUAACGAUGAUCGCGAGCCAUUGGUCGACAAUGAACAACAGCCCGGAGCAGAAGAUGACCAAGACGAUGACGAUUUGUAUGCGGGAGGUUUUGUAGGUGAACAAUCACAAAAUGAUAAUGAAAACUUUAUCCCUGCCACUCUACCCCAGCAUACUUACGAUGAUGACUUCCACAAUAUUGAAUUGCAAAGCCAUGUUCAGAUCUCAGAUGCACCUCCUGAUCGUUGGAAUUAUACCUACGUUGUAUUCUAUUUAUUGGGUAUAGCCACUAUGACCCCGUGGAACUUUUUUAUAACGGCAGAAGAUUACUGGAUGUUUAAAUUUCGUAAUACCACCUUAAAUGACACGAUUGAAACAAAACUCGAUUUGACACCAAUGCAAAAGAGUUUUGCAUGCGAUCUAACCCUGACGGCUUCCAUUUCGGGCACUACUUUUUUAAUACUCAAUGCGAUCUAUGGCCAAAAAGUUCCUUUACGUUUGAAAAUGUUGGGGACGUUAAUUGUGAUACUUUUGAUUUUUAUAAUAACAACAGCAUUUGUGGAAGUUAACACGGAUAAAUGGCAAGAACAAUUCUUUCUAAUAACACUAUUCACGGUGGUUAUAAUAAAUAUUUGUUCGGCUACCAUGAGCGGUGGUAUUUUUGGUAUUGCUGGUUUAUUUCCAUCCGAAUAUAUGACGGCUGUGGUUAGUGGGCAAGCUUUGGGCGGUAUUUUUACAGCUCUAACAUUCCUUGUCGUUUUAACUUUUGGUGCUGCUCCGAAUGUAACGGCAUUUAUUUACUUCAUUAUUGGCAGUGUAUUGAUCCUGAUCAGUAUCAUUUGCUAUGGAAUAUUGGAAAAAAAGGAAUUUUUCAAAUACUAUGUGGAGGGCGGUGAUAAAUUCAAAAUUGUCUAUGAUAAUCCUACUCAUAGUCGUAUCAUAGACCGAGGAAUAGCAUUGGAUCCAAAUGUUAGAGAAGUUUUUAGUAAAAUUUAUGUACAUGCUGUAACAAUAUGUUUGCUCUAUACUACGACACUUUCUGUCUAUCCCUCGGUGACAAUACUCAUGCAAUCGGAAAAUUAUGGUCAAGGGAAAGCGUGGAAUGAUAUUUACUAUAUGCCAGUUGUAAAUUAUUUAUUUUUCAAUUCUGGUGAUUACUUCGGUCGUAUUAUCUGUGGCAUUUUUGAAAGACCUCGUAAAAAUGUCCAUACAGUUUUAAUGAUGGUAAUUUUACGUAUGCUCUAUGUGCCGUUCGUGUUGUGCUCCAAUAGCAAUUUACAUAAUUUCAUGCCGACACUUGUACACUCCGAUGUGACAUUUAUUAUAAUGAUGAUAACAUUUGCUCUGAGCAAUGGCUACAUCACAAAUAUUUUAUUAAUAAUGGCUCCCAGAUGUGUUAUGCAGCAUGAAAAGGAAAUGGCAUCUUCCAUUAUGGCGGCUUCUCUUAGCUGUGGUUUAGCUUUAGGUUCAAUGUUGAGUAUGGUAUUUGUACAAAUGCUUUAAAUGCAAUGGCUGAAGUUCAUCAAAACCAGGGUGCCUUUGUUUUAUCUCAAAACAGACUUUAUUUUAAAUAGUUUUAAUUAGGAAAGAUUUUUACAUGUUAUCAGCAGAAAUAUGCAUCAUCUAUCAUUUAUGAUUAUAGAGUCCAAAGUGAAACUAAACAACGAACUAUGUAUUGCCAUGUUUUAAUAAAAUUAAACACUUGUUUUGUUCUAAUGUUAUUUGUCUAUCAUGUUCUUUAUACAUAUCAUCUAUCAUUAAUGUUAUUUUAAUUAAUGUUUUUUUUUUUAUUAAUUUUCAACAAAAUACACUUAUUUUUUAUGUUUUUACUUUUAUUAAAUUUAGAUUUUAAGAGUUUUUAUGUAAUUUUACUGAUCAUUUAACAUGUAUUGCUAAUAAAUAAGAAAUAAUUUUUAAUUGAAAACAGUUACAAACAAA